AUGGCUCCAGUUGCUCAGACCCUCUCUGCGCUGCUUCCGUUGGUGAGCAGGGCGACGCCAGGCAACCAGACGUUCCUCAAGCAGCUGCCACAAGGCUACAACUCGAGCCUCAUCUCGUUCAUCGAUCGACACGAGCUCGAUGUGAUCCACGGCAGCUUCAACCGUUCGGUCUGGACGAGCCCGUGGAACGACACGCUUUCGGCAGCCUUGUCGACUUCAGAGUUUAGCCAGGUUGCUUCGACGCCGUUCAUCGCCUAUGACCGUCGGUUCCUGGACAUUAUCGGACAGCAGCCUUCGAUCAAGAAACUGAUGGACUUGGACCAGCGCAUUCACGAGGCACCGAGCUACAUUCCCGAGACCAACCAGCUCUUCUUCACUGCGUGGGGUGAGCUCAAGCCCGAUUUGUUUGCUCAGCAUAACUGGCAGUAUUUGGUCGACGUAGGUAGCCUGGAUGACGAUGCCAGCCAGAUCAAGUGGCAUAACGUGACACUGGAUCCGCCGGUGCAGAACGCGCACGGAAGCUUCUACUACAAUGGCGAGCUGUACGUCUGCACCGACGGCGGCAACGGCACAGCGCCGGCUGUCCACGUUGUGGAUGUGCAGAGCAAGACAAGCAAAGUUCUGUUCAACAACUACUAUGGCCAUCAGUUCGAUGGGUUCAACGACCUGGCCAUUUCGCCGGAUGGGACCAUCUUCGUGUCUGACACCAGCACAGGCUACGACCACGGCAUCAACCCGUCGCCGCCUGGCAACCCGGGGUACACGUGGAUGUACGAGCCGAGCACGGGUGAGGUGCGAGCGGUGGGCAACACGCUGUCCAAGGGCAACGGCGUUACCGUGUCUCCCGACGGCCAGCAUCUGGUGGUGGCCGACACGGGGGCAUCUGGGUCGACGGGCAAGGAUCCGUUGGGCAACCGCUCGCUGACCAAGUACAAGGUGGUGUAUACCGAUGAAGGGGGUCAUGCUGUUACGUCUCCCUCGAUUCUGGCCACGCCGAUUGCCGGGCUGUACGACGGCCUGCGGUACACGGGCAACGGCAAGUACCUCGUUGGUGGCAGUUACGAGGGGCUUGACUUCCUGGACGCGGUCACGGGUUCGGUUCUGGGCACCAUCAAGGUCAAGUCGACCGACUCGACGGUCAACUUUGCUUUCCGCAAAGGAGGCGGCAUUUACGUGGUGGGUAAGGGUGGCAUGUACUCGAUCAAGAUUGACGAAGAAGUCGCCUGGAGUGAUGCUGCUUUUAGCGGUCAAUGA